AUGGCUGUCGAAGUUGUUGGGACUAAGGGAACUGGUGGCACUACUGGCGCCGCUCUUUUCUUCCUCCUCCUCUUUACCACCAGCCAAACUGCCAAAGCAGCUGAGACUAUACCUGCCACAGUUGCAGGUAGGCCAACACCAAGGCCAACACCAAGGCCUAUCUUGUUCUCUGACGACAUGCCCCCAGACUUGCCUUUCGAAACCUCGGUGGGGGAUGGUGCCUCUUCAGUCGAUGCACUAGCCGAUGCUGUUUCCGGUGCCGUUGAUGCUGGAAUUCUAUUAGUUGGGAAAGUAUCCGAUGCUGUCAGAAUAGGUCGAUUGAAAAUGAUCACUUCUGCUGUGGGUUGGACAUCCGUGCACCAAACAAGUGAAGCAGAGAUAUCGUAG